AUGGACGCCCCUGCACCUGCUGACAAGAAGGGACCCCCCAAAUUCAAGCAGAGGACCACCCGCACCUUCAAGAGCAAGGCCCCCAAGCCUGGCCAGAAGGGUUUUGGUGAUGACAUCCCUGGAAUGGAGGGUCUCGGCACAGACAUCACAGUGGUGUGCCCAUGGGAAGCCUUCGGUGACAUGGAGCUUAGCGACCUGGCUAAAUACGGAAUUGUGUAG